AUGAAGACAGUGUGUGUAACAGGGGCAUCGGGCUAUAUUGCUCCAUGGAUCGUCAAAUUCUUGCUCCUACGCGGUUAUAUUGUCAAAGCUUCCAUUCAUGAUCCAAAGAAAACAGAUCACUUGCUCGCGCUUGAUGGAGCCAACGAGAGGCUUCACUUAAUUAAAGCAGAUUUAUUGCAGGAUGGGUCCUUUGAUGCUCUAGUUAAUGGCUGUGAUGUUCUUUUCAAUGGCAAACAUCGGACACCUCAAGUGGUAGUUGACGAGACUUGGUGGUCAGAUAAGGAGUUUUGCAGAAAAAUAAAGAAAUGGUAUUUCCUUUCAAAGACAUUGGCCGAGGAUGCUGCUUGGAAGUUCGUUCAAGAGAAAGGCAUCGACAUGAUUUCUAUAAACCCAGCAAUGGUAAUUGGUCCAUCAUUACAGCCGAACCUUAACUUGACCUCGGCUGUAAGUCUGAACUUGAUAAAUGGUGCUGAAACAUAUCCAAAUGCUGCAAUCGGUUGGGUGAAUGUUAAAGAUGUUGCUACUGCACAUAUUCAGGCAUUUGAAAAUCCUUCGGCUAAUGGAAGAUACUGUGUGGUGGAGAGAGUUGCACACUAUUCAGAAAUCGUGAAGAUAUUGCACGAACUGUAUCCUAACCUUCAACUUCCUGAAAUGUAUGCCAAUAACAAGCCUUGCAUGCCUACAUAUCAAGUCUCGAGCCCAGGCAUCGAAUUCACUCCACUAAGAGAAAGCAUCAAGGAGACUGUCGAUAGUUUGAAGGAGAAAAACCACUUUAAAACGGCUUCUUAG